AUGCCCAAACAGCAGCUGGAUGAAGAAUACCUUCGGGAUGAAUAUUCAAUUUCAUCUCUGGCUAUGAUUUGUCACUCUACGGAUCAUGGUUAUUAUUUUUCUGAUUAUCAAUUCUCGCAGGCUUGCCAUUCAAUUUCUCAUAUGAUUUGUCUAGUUCAGAAAUCAAGUGUUGCUAGAUUGUAUAAUUCUCCAGAGGUUUCAACGAGACUUGGAAUUAUCAAAGUAAAUUCAAUAUGGAAUGAACCUUAUAAUAUUGGUAAGAUGGAAAAGUUUGGAAAUGAUUUUCAAUUUAAAAAGAUAAGGUAUCAAUAUGCUUAUUCAACACCAUUCGUUGAGGCUCAUCCAUCGACAAAUAAUGGAACGAGAAAGGUCAUUGAUUUCUAUUGUUUGAAGGAUAGCUUUAAAUUCAUUAUUGAUUUGAAUCAGGAAAAUAUUUUUUAUUCGAGUUUGAAUGUUGAAAAGAUACCAAAAUUGUUGAGAAGUGAAAUAUUUUCAAAUUGGAAUAGCGUUAUUCCUCAGCAUAUUUUCCUUCACAAACCGAAUGAAAAUGAAUUUAACAAAAUGUGUAUGAUUGUUCAUAACGAACAGGAUACAGUACUGAAACCACUUAUCAUUAGAGAUGAAGGGUCUUUGGACGAAUUGAGGAAAUACGAUGUUAGAAUACAACCUCUUCCAUUGGAUUCAAACAACUAUCCAUUAUAUUGGAGUUUUUUAACAAGACUAGACUGUAUUGAUGAAAAUUAUCUGACCUAUAGUUAUCAAGAUGAAAAAAAUAAGAAGAUUUGUCACAUUAUUAGAAAAAUAUCUAUCCAAUACGAUGAAGAUACCAAAUUAUACAGCGGAAAAUUAUCAAAAUCUCCCUUACUGGACUUUUUUAAAUUUUUCACAGACAAUUCUAACAUUUCUGGAUCUUGCAGAUUGACGGAUAGUUGUUUCCUCUUUAUGCUUUGUAAAAAUGGACCUUAUUGGCACAGUGUUAAAUAUAAGGAUUGGGGGACAUUCACUCAAAAUGUGAAAUGGAUUCUAGUUGACCUGAAAAACUCAACAAUCAAAAAUAUUGAACCCUACUCUGGAAAUUUGAAGAGCUCACAACCAAUUACUAAAGUGGGUACUCUAGUUGAUGAUGAUGGAUUUGAAACUACCAUCAAGAAAAAGCAUAUCACUCUCAGAAAGAGUAGCACUGAAGUACGAACUGAGGGUGCCGAUUUCCUGCAUGUUGAUUUGGUGGCUUAUCAGCCUUUUAAGGGAUAUCCAGAGUUGGUAAAUGUGAUUUGUACUAUCCCAGCCUGUGAAACAAGAACUGCACAUAGUCAACCAAGGAAGGAAAGUCUCCACACAGUCAUCCAAGUUCACUAUUGCUUUAAAAUUCAUGAUGAAUUUAGACAAUUAUUCAAGGAAACUCCUAAAUCUUACAGCGAUAUUUAUUUGAGAUUUUGUUAA